UGGAGACCCUCAGAGCCCCGAGGGCGGGCUGCGAGGGAGGCAGGCUGGCAGCUCUGGAGCGUUUCUCGGACCCCGCUUGGCGCGGAAGCUCUUCGGCGUGGAACUGCCAGCCCGCGAGUGGGAUGAGCUGAGCGGAGGUGGGCAGGGCGCGCAUUGGAACCCGGAGCGAGAUGCGCCUUGCGACAACCCUUCCUUGUCCCGGGAACGGAAGGGUUGCGGACGGUUCUUCUUUCGUGGGUGGCGCGCUUUUCUCCUUUUUGGUCUUUCGAACAAGAAGGAGAUGAAGACUUACAGUGAUUGCGGUAGCAUAUUUCUGGUAUUAUGGAAGAUCUGCUUUUGUUUUUAAUGUUGUGGUCUUUCCCACCGUCCAAUUAACUUGACAGACCUCUUGGAAAAGUUGGAUCAGAUUAUUUAGGCUGCUUGGAGAACAGCUCGUCUCUGCAGUCAUGGAAUCUGGUUGGAUCUGUGCAUCUGUGCUCCUUCUGUGCUUCUGGUUACGUGAAGGGAAGUCGCAGAACCUCAUCGAGGACCAAAAGAUGAAGCCGAGCCUCCUGAUCAAUGAGGUCAAUGCAGAUAAUCCAGGAGACGACACCAUGGAGUAUCUGGAACUCUAUCAUGUCAGCGGACAAAGAGCUGCUUUGAAGGGAUAUCGUUUAGUCCUCUACAACGGGAAGGGAAACACGGCCUACAAAGUCUUGGAUCUUGGUGGUUUUUCCACAGAUGAUCAGGGUUUUCUCCUGGUUGGGUCUGGCAACCUUGUCCCAAGGCCAGCUAUAAUCCUCUCGAAGGGCAUGAUCCAGAAUGGACCGGAUGCAAUUGCUCUCUAUUUUGGGAGAUCGGAUUUGUACGUAGGCAUGUCUGUAGACAACAAAGGCCUAGUGGAUGCUUUGGUUCAUAAGUCUAACAAAAGGGACAAAGCAGAUGAAUUGGUUCGUGUCCUGACCCCUGGCACGGAACCUUUCUUGGAGGACCCUUCAUUCCGGACCACGGAUGAUGAGUCUCUGGAGAGGUGCCAAGGGAUGGAUUCUCAGAGGUUCUUCCAACUGGGGGCACCAACCCCAGGGGCAGAUAACCACUGCAUCCCUUUCUCACAGUUGAAUGCCUCUGUUGUGCUGAUCAAUGAGGUGAAGUUGGCAUCCUCUCCUGGAGACGCUGAGUUUGUGGAGCUCCAAGGUCCCCCUUCCAUGGAGGUGAAGGACCUGGUGAUGGUGCUGAUGGAAGGAAGCACCCGAAAGAUCUACUCUGUCAUGGAGGUCAAGGGUGAAACUUCUCCUGAUGGGUUACUUCUGUUGGGUUCGGGACUGUCCAAAAUUCCAGGGGGCGCAGCUCACUUUCAGAACUUCACUUCCCUCCAGAAUUCCAGCACUCCCCUUCUCAAAGCAGGCACCAACGCCGUUGCCCUGUACGGCGGGACCAUCAGAAACUUUGUGGUGGGCUCCAGUGUCACGUCGACACCAGCUCUUCUGGAUGCCUUGGUGUACACAACAGUGGAACAGAUGGAUUCGGAGCUGCUGGAUAUCUUGACCCCUGGGAAGCCUCCCUUCUACGUGAGCAAACAAUCCCAAGCGGAUGGUGCCUCUGUCAGCCGGUGCCUCUGCUGCUCCGUCUCCCGUGAUUCCUCCUCUUACGCCCUCGCCAAGCCCACACCUUUGCAAUUCAACGACUGCCCAAAGAUGCGCUUUAGCCAAAAGGUUUCCUUUUGUUUUCAAGUAACAGAUUGCCAACAAAAACCUCAGGACGAAAGCACGAUGCAGAGAGUUUUGGCCCAGUCCCUGGAGAAACGAUGCAACUGCAGUUUUUCCCCAGCCUAUUUCAAAGAUCCCAUUUUAACCUGUGAAGGCAGAGAAUUGAUUUUCACCGCCCUCAUGAGUGCCCGGUCAACAGAGCAGCUGGUCCUUGAGUUACAGGCCCUCUCAGUCUUGGAGAAGAGUGAAGAACGGUUUCAUUUUGGAAACCUCAGCAUAAUGAUUAAGACUUGUUCAAGCAAUGCAGAUGGGACAGACACACCUCCAGAUGUAACUUCAGAAGAACCACGGACAACCGGAGAAUCUCCAACUCCAGCCCUGGAGUUGCUUAUCAACGAAGUGAACGCAGACAAUCCUGGCUCUCGGGAAGACACGGAAUACAUUGAGCUGUUCUACCCAGGACAAGCACCGUUUCCACUCGAGAAUUACUGGCUCGUUCUGUACAACGGCAAGAACAACUUAGCUUACAAGGUCUUGAAUCUGACAGGCUACUCAACCAACGAGCGGGGCUACUUCCUUGUAGGGAGUGGUGGAGUCACCCCCAAGCCCUCGCUUCUUUUGCCAGAUACUACCAUCCAAAAUGGCGUCGACGCCGUGGGGCUCUACCACAAUGCCAACCCUGUCUAUAAAAACAACAUGCAGGUGACUGUCGAUGGGCUGGUUGAUGCUGUAGUGUACAGAGCCCGGGGUGCAGAAAAAGCUGACAAGCUCGUGGCUCUUCUCACUCCUGGGCAGCAUGUCCUCCAUGAAAAUGACUCUCAUAGCACCGAAGACGAGUCCAUCAGCCGAUGUCUCAGCCUGAAGCCCAGAGAUCCUAAGAGUUUCCAGGUGACUGAAAUAACGCCUCUUCGGGAAAACUCUUGCGUGUCCUUCAACUUGAAUCUCACCAGACAGGGGAUCCACAAUUCUUCGGCCGUCAUCAACGAAGUGGGCCUGGCCAACGACUCACUUCUAUACAAGUUCAUCGAGCUGAAAGGGAAGCCCGGAGACAGCUUGAAAAAAUACACUUUGCAUUUCUUCGGAAACCAUAACCGGCCUUACAAGAGCAUCCACCUGCAAGGCAAAUUUGGAAGCGAAGGCCUUUUUGUCGUCAUGCCAGGACAAGUGUCCCAAAGUGAUCAGACUCAUGAGCAGUUGGUGAUACCCACUCUCUGGAAUCACCCAUUCCCGAAGCAGGAGACUCUAACAGUAGCCCUCUUCAGCCGUAAAGUACGACUUCCAUAUGGCACUCUAAAUAUUGCUGAGAAACUAGAAGACAGUUUGACAUGGAACCCUGGGGUGGUCUCUCAAAUACCCUCUAUAUCUGGGAAAAGAGAAAGAAUCUGGUCAUUGAGUUACUGCCCUUUUUGUAAGGAAACCUUUCUCAUCUCCAACCCCACCCCAGGCAUGGAGAACAGCUGUCCUCAAGAAUCUCUGUCCUUGGAUCUUGGAAUGUGCCUAUGGAUACCUAACUGUUCCUUCUGGCUUCAAAAUCCACAGCUACAAGCUGACUUCCAGCAGAUGCUAGUGAGAUCCAUGGAAGACAGCUGUUUGUGCGCUAUCUCUCUCUGCGCUCUGCAAGAACUGAUUUUCACCUGCUCUGAUAACACAUUGAAACUGUCUGGUCGGAUGCUGGCCACAUCACUGGAAGAACGGCAGCUCUUUAUCCAAUGGCAACAGAAAUUCUCCUUAAGUUCCCACCCAUUUUCUGUGGAUGGGAUAUUCCUCAAAACUAAUGCACCCUGCUCAUCUUCUAGUGAAGUGGUACCAAUACCUAAAGCUUCACUUCAAGCCUGGGAAAUUGCUUUUUUGGUCUUGGGUUCCGUUUUGCUCAUACUGCUGUUAACCGGUGGAACUGUCUAUUGUAUAAGAAGACCGCAGAAUUACAACAACAUUGAACUGAACGAUCGCUGCGAGAUUAUUUCAAACAUCUGAUUCUACCAGGAAGUGCCUCCAUAAAAAAAAAUGCUAUUUUGGGAUCUACCGUAAUGAAGAGGUAAAUCUCAGAAGAACGUUCCAGCCAACUGACCACAGUGUAAACCGAUCAAAUUCCUGGAGUAUUUAUUUUGAGGAUGAUAUUUUUCUCUGUGUGAGAAAACCUACCUCUUUGUUUCUACAAGCAUCUCUCACUGCCAGGUUGGGUGAAAAAAUUGGUGGGGGUGCCAUGAUAUUUUCCCCACCCACCGUAAAAAUAAAGAAAUGUCUAUCCAAAGUGAUUAUUUCCUCCCCCUAAUUUGUCAGUGGAGGUAAAGUGUUUUGCUCAUCACAAUCAGAGAAAGAGAAAGGGAGAGAGAGAGAGAGAGAGAGAGAAAGAGAAAGAGAAAGAAAAAAAGAAAAGCGAGAAAGAGAGAGACGGAAAAAAGAAAAGAGAGAGAGAGAGAAAAAAACAGAGAAGCAAAACAUUUCCUUUAGAGGCAGAAAGCCUUGGAUUCCAUUCUAAUAAAUUCAGAAUUAUUUUCUCAGAGAGGAAAGGAGUGGGGUGGACGGAGAUCUCCUCGAGUUACCUCACCUACAUGGAUCGUCAAUUGGAUCUAAAGUGACUUUGCUCCCCCUAAGGAAUGGACUGUCUUAGUGGUGAUGUGUGUUGCUAUUGACAAUGAAUGCCUCAAAUGUUUUUUGUGAAAAGGGGACCUCUCUGAGGGGAAGGUGCCUGCUUUCCAGGCAGAGAAAGUCAGAUUCAUUUCCUAGUUCAGGAAACAGGAAAGAUCAAUUGAAAGCAAACAUUUUCACAAAGCCGUCGGUUCAGUUGACACUUUAAGCUGUGGGCAAGGAGGUAACUGGACUCCUAUGCUCACCUCCCAUUUUCUAAACAACAGACGUCCAUACGUAAGCCAAAGGAAAAGAAAUAAAAAUAAAAAAGAGCUCACCCUUCUCUAAACAUUCCACUUUCCCCAGAAGUAAACUCAGGAAUUUGUAUAAUAAACUGUUGUUUGUAGCUUUCACCUUGAUCGCGUAGCUAUAUCAACUCUGCAGCCUUGAAUUUCUUGCUCGCCGCAAGAAGACCACAGCAAAAAUUAAAACCCAAAGCAAUGACACAAAGAGAAGAUGGUAUAAAUCGUGAAGGCAAUCUUCCAUGGGGAAAAGCCCAAAUUCAGUAUGUGCUGUCCCAGAGCCAGCUUCUCACGCCUCUGCAGAUGUGAAUAGGGGGUCCUUAAUGUUCCCUGAACUUGCAGCUGUUUCAUUACCCAGCUAGAUAACACCAUCAGUGUUAGAAGGGAGUAGAGUUCGCCCUUGUAGUAUUGAUGAUGUUACUUAGUUCGGUAAUGAGACUUAGUCAAACGGGUAGGUGUGACAUUUGCUUUCAGGCACACUUGAUUUAACAGGCCUUGUAAAAGCUGCAAUUUUUUUGGGAUCGACUUUUAAUCAGCUACUGCCCUCUGCUGAUCCCCUGGCAUUGCAGCAAUUGCUAAUUAAAUUUCCCAUCCAUGUACAAUAUUUUUCGCUCAUCCCAUCCAUAUACAAUAUUAUUGUAGAACAGGGGUCUCCAAACUCGGCAACGUGAAGACUUGUGGAUUUCAACUCCCAGAGUUCCUCAGGCAGGAUGAUGGGGGUUUGUUGCCAGGUUUGCCAAGUUGUAAGAUUUGGAGACCCCUGAUGCAGAAAUAAAAAAGACGGCCUUGACAGCAGAGGGGCAUUGGCUCAGUGAGUUAAUGACGCUAGAGAUGGUCUCAGCUCGGGCAGUUUGAGCCCUAUCACCAUCCUACAUUUUUUCCAUUUUUAAAAAAUCAUACUGUUUUCUUGUUUUUUUCACUUCUGUCAUUCUGGAAGUUGUGACAUAAAUGUUUCAUUGCUUAUUUGUUCUUUUUUUUGUCCUCUGAUCAUUAUGAUGAUCUUAUAAUGUUUGUUUUUGCUGUCCUUAGGCUGGAAAUUUACCGGUAUUUAUCUUGUUUAUGCUUGAUUGUAUUUUAUUCUGUUUAUUCUGUUGUGAGCCACAGGGAAUCAAAAUUGACUGGGUGGCAUUACGAAUGGACAGAAAAAUAAAUAAAAUAAAAAGUUGGGAGUCCAAA